GAAGUUAACUUGCGGCUGAAUUUGAGAGAGCAUCAUGUCAAACUGAAGUUCAUUUACAGGGUGGUGAUUUUGCUCCAGAACACUUCCAAAAUGAAUGCGGGUCAGAUUCCUAACAAGGCGUCUCUGCUUUGCAAUGCUAAACUUGUUGUAACAGAAGACAAGCCAAGGCGGGUGACUCCGUCGGUUUUCACCCAGGAGAUGCUGCAAUCCACAGAGGAGCGGCUGGCUAACACCGCUGAGGUGCACCAGCCUCGUAUCCAGGAGUUUCUUGGCAUGGACACAACUACGUAUCACAGUUUUUCCUUGGUAGAUGUACAUCAGCCGCUUUUCCAGCCCUACCCGUCUGAGCUGAUUUUCCAGAACUUCACUCCUGCACAGACCUACAAGUUACCGUUGCUCCUCCUCAACAAUGACAAGGUUUCACGCCAAGUGAUGCUUCAGCAGCAGGACUCUGAGUAUUUCUGUGUGGUCGGUCCAGAAGAUCCAGGUAGAAAGGUUGCACCAGGAUUACCUGCCACUUACACCGUCUCCUUCACCCCUCAGGAGAAUAAGGACUACGAACACACAAUUGUUUGUGUGACAGAGCGGGAGCGGUUUGAGAUCCCGAUCCGUGCCAUCGGGCCACGAGCCAUCCUCGACUUUCGUGAUGAGAUUCAUUUACCUGUUUGUCCUGUGAAAUCCUGCACGGAGAAAACUCACCUCGUCCGCAACAUGGGAAACAGCGAGGCCAAAUUCGAGUUACGCACACAGAGGCCUUUCUCAGUGACACCUUCCUCUGGGACUCUUGAUGUAGGCGAGAGCAUGCAAGUGACUGUGGUUUUCCACCCCAUGACAACAGGAGACCACAGGCAGGACCUGCUUCUGCACUACCACACCGGUGAAGAUGUGUACAUCAGCUUAUAUGGGUCCUGUGAGGAACUGGACAUCCGUCUGGUACCUGACUCUGUCUGGUUGACCGACACCUAUAUCUCUUUGGCCAAUGUACAUAAAGUAUCAGUCACCAACAAUAGCGACACAAUUCUUCAGUACUGUUGGACAGUGUCGGCCAGCCAGCAAGAGGAGGACCUGAGCUUAUUGAGGGAGAGCUCAGUGCUCCAGCAGAAGGAUGAGGAGGAGGAAGAGGAGGAGGAGGAGGAGAGGGAACGGCCGGUUUUUCAAUGUGACUUCGACCCAGUGCUCCAUUACCUCCCGCUGCUGUCCAGAGCCUUGCAGGAAUGCAGAACUCAGGCUGCAAAGGACUGUCUGUUGGCCCUCUCUCACAGCUGCAUCGCUGUGGACCCAGUGGAGGGUGAGAUCUGGCCCGGCACCACAGCAAACUUCCUCAUUGUCUUCAAGCCUGAGGAGGCCAAACUUUACCAGCAAACUGUAUACUGUGACAUCACAGGCCGUGAAUCCCGUCUACCUCUCACAAUCAAGGGUGAAGGUCUGGGACCCAAUGUCCAACUCGACUAUAACCUGAUAAACGUAGGAAAUGUAUUCAUAGGGGACAAAAACCAGUAUGAGGUGCAGGUGUCAAACAGAGGCCUGAUUGAUGCUCCUUUCAAGUUGUCAAGCCCCGACACCACUUCUGGCCGCUGUUUCUCCUUCAGCCCUGAGGAAGGUGUUGUUCCCCCCGGGGCCUGCCAGAUUGUGAAAGUCACCUUCCACAGUCGCAUCUUGGGAGCUUUCUCGGAGGAUUUGCUGCUAACUGUGACAGGACAGCCUCAGCCACUUACCUUGACCUUUAGGGGUUCUGUCGUUGUGCCCACAUUCCACUUGAAUGUUUCAGAGCUUAGUUUUGGAGAUGUUCCUUUUGGUUUCCCACAAACAUUGUCUUGUACCCUCUUCAACACCUCCUUUGUUCCUAUGACGUUUGCCCUGCGUGUCCUGGGUGACGGAUUGGGUUCUCCCAGCGUUUCUGCUGCGAAACAGGUGUCCGAAGCGUCACGCAAGACUUGGCAAGGCCACACUGCCAGAGACCUUCAUGCUCUGCCUGCAGAGUUCACUGUCAGCCCUGCAUCCAACUUUGUGCGUGCCAUGUCAGAUGUCACCUUUAAGGUGACGCUGUGUUCCAACACAGUGAAGAGAUACAGGUUGGGGCUGACGGUGGACGUUGAAGGUGUUGGCAAGGAAAUCCUGACUCUGCCUAUCAACGCCAGGUGUGUUGUGCCUGAGAUUGUUGUGGAACCUUCAGUGUUGGACUUUCAGAGGUGUUUCCUGGAUCACCCCUACAAACAGUCAGUGCAGCUGACCAACCCCAGCAACAUGGCUGCCUGCUACGGCAUACUGGAUCAGGAAUAUGAGGAAAGCCCCUCACUGGUUUUUGGCAGUUCUGAGCCCAGAGGAGUGAUUCCUCCUGGCGCUUCACUGGAGCUUCCUGUGUUUCUGCUCGUUAAGACUGUUGGAAAGCUGCAUCACACUCUACGUAUCGCUGUGUUCGGCAGCCUCCAGCCUCCCUUGGAGGUGUUCUUGUCGUGUAUCGGCCAGGGAGCAGUCGUUCAUGUUCAGAGCACACAGCUGCAGUUUGGCAGAAUACCGGUUCUGAUGGACGUUGUCAGAACCCUGCAGCUGCUAAACCAGUCACCUGUUCCAGCCCACUUUACUGCUCGCAUGAGCAGUGCAAAGUCCUUUUGGCGUGUUGAGCCCAGUGAAGGGGAAGUGCCACCAGAUGACCAGCUGGAGCUCAAGGUUGUUGCGCACUUGAAGGACACGCUUCAGUUCCAGAACACGCUGGAGGUGUCAAUACAGGACAGUCGAACACUCGCUGUCCGUCUGUCCGCCACCGGCACCGGCACUACUAUUGUCAGUGACGAGCCUCUGGGCCCCAGCCUCGACCUCGGCACACACUUCAGCCAUGAGUCAUGCGAGUAUCACUUCAAGUUGACCAACUCUGGCCAACGGAGGCACCUGAUAUACUGGAGAAACGCCGGCUUCCCGUCCUCCACAAAGACCCGCAAAGGUGACACCUCACCAGGCCGAACCUUCCUACCUCCCAUCCCCACUCCCAGGCAGAGAGGUGGGCUGAACCGUGGGUCUUUGAUCUCGAGCAGAGAGAAGCCGAUGUUCAGCCUCAGUCCGGCUCGUGUGGAGCUUUUUCCAGGCGACUCCGUCGACAUGGUGCUGAAAGGAUGUUCAGACUCACCUAUGGUUGUACGUGAGCGUCUGGUGUGUCAAGCCAUAAUCGGUGCCCAGGGCUCUUAUGAGCAAAUCAUGUCUGUAGAUAUUACUUGUCGCUUUGUGGCUCCAGUGCUCAGCAUUUCCUCAAAGGAACUGAACUUCUACCUCAAGAAGGACAAAGGGAAGCAUCUGCUGCCCGUCUAUGAGAAGCUGCUUUUAAAGAAUGUGUCGUGUCUGCCUCGAUCUGUGGAGCUUUCGCUUGUGGAACCUUUUUCUCUGUGUGAGGCUUCAGGAGAACACAGCUCAUUUACAGCAAAGUCUAUGGUUGUAGGUGCCAGGAGUCAGACUGAGUUGUGGAUAUGCUUUAAUCCAGCUUUCUAUUCUGAUCACAUGUCUCGAACUGUGGACGAGUUCCUUGACGUACAUUACCCGGGACACCAACAGGAAGACGUGGUGAAUCUGCACGCCGAGGUCCACUUCCCCAACUUAGAUUUCUCCUCCACCACAGUGGAUUUUGGUUGUGUGUUCAACUGCACAGGGACUCGCAAAGUAAUCACAAUCACCAAUUGCUCCCCACUGCCUGUGUCCUACCGUUGGGGUUUCCUGGAUGACCAGAAAUACAGCAACAUCAGAGAGACAGAGAUGCUAGUGGAGGAGAAGAAGCUGAAAAAUCCAGAGCAUGAGGCUGAAGAAUGGCAGGCUUCAUCUGGAACGCUCUCUCCUGCCUGCUCAGUUCCUGUUAGCUGCAGUCCGAGCACAGAUGAAGGAGCCAGUGCACAGCGACCAGUGCGUGUGGAAGAGGUAUUUGAUAUCUUGCCGAUGUAUGGUCAUCUGCAACCUGGUGACCAGCAGCAGGUCACGUUCUAUUUCUACGGCCACGAAAACGCCAGCAGAGAGGUGGUGGCACAGUGCCACGUAGACGACGGACCUACGUAUGAAGUUAAACUCAGAGGAGAAGCAUCAGUGAUCAGCUACAACCUCGACUCCACUCAUCUAGACUUUGGUCUGCAGCUUUUUCAACAUGUUGGGGAAGUUGAGGUGAUGCUCAGAAAUACAGGCAAGGUGGGCUUCAAAUUCAGCAUAUGCCCCCAAAAUGGGAGCAAGGAGGAGGCGGAUGAGGAGUCAGGAGGCGAACUGAAGGCCUGGGAGGAGGAUGGGCAGCAGCAAGAAGACAGUAAACUAAAUGAGGAAGAGCAGGAGGUCAGACCUGGCUGGCCGACAGUCAUCCCUGCUGUGGGUUACAUAGAUGCCGGUAAAGAGCAGCGUCUGCGUGUGCUCUACCUCCCAGGCUUCCCCGAGGUGUUUGAGAAGCUGCUUCAGCUGCAGGUGGCUUUCCUCCCUCCGCAGGACGUCACCCUGAGUGGAGUGGGAGUAUUCCCAAGGAUCAGCUUGAAUUUGCCACGAAACUUGUCAGAUGAGUGCUACAGUGAUGUGGUGCAGCAGGCCAGAGCAGCUGUGGAGGCAGAUAGAGUCAGAGAGGAGCUUAUGGAUGGAAUUACUGCUGGCGGAGGAGCAACAACAGAAGCUGCCUGCACAUUCACAUAUGAAGAGCUGCUUCACAUGGAGAUCGAGAGAUUUCUGGUCAAAGAAAAUGCUCUCGCUGUGUCCGGUAGCCUGCUGGAGCGCAGAGACUCGCAAGGUUUCUCGGCAAAGUGGCAAAAACUCAGCAAGUUCCUACUCCCAGAGUAUGUCCUCGAUUUUGGUUAUGUUAUUCUUGGCAGCGUUGUAAGUCACACUGUAAAUGUCACCAACAGUGGAUCAAUACCUGUGUCCUUCAGCGGCAAUUACAAGAAUCUUGCAGGAACAGGGUUCACAGCAGAAUUUGAAAGAGUGAAGAACCUGCCCUGUGGUGAGACCCAAACUUUUACUGUUAAAUUCGAUCCUCAAGGAGCCAACGUGAAGAUGGGCGACAUGAGUGUCAUCAUGCUAAUACAGGUUUCAAGUGGUCCAAUGGUUCAGGUGCGACUGCGUGCAGUGGUAACCAAGCCAGCCGUCACCACUUCCAGGGAAACACUGCAGUUUGACACAGUGCAGUGUGGCAUGUGUCAGAUGAAGACAAUACAGCUGCUAAAUGACGAACCCGUGCCUUGUUAUUGGAGCAUAGCUGAGGAGGUGAAGCCUUUCAAAAAGUUCGAUAAGUUCCUGCCUCUUCAUAAGCGUAAAAAGAUCCUGCAGGAGCAACGUCCACCUCCACCGGUAUUUGAGAUGAUUCCCUGCUCUGGCCUGCUGUCACCUUGUGAACGGGUCAACGUCAAUGUCAAGUUCAGCCCAACUGAGGGGCGUGCGUACAGCAGGCGGCUGGUGGUCCGUGUGGCUGACAGCACCCAGCAGGUGUUUGUUACAGCUCAGGGUCAAGGCAAAGAACCACAGCUGGAGUUCUGCCCAUCGGUCCUGCAGCUGGAGCCUUGUCUCCCAUUCAACACCGAAACCGAAGCUGAGGUCACCGUUAAAAACCCCUGCUCGUUUCCCAUCGAGUUUUACUCCCUGGAAUACGACACACAGUACCUCACAGAGGAAAAGGUCCUGCGUCUGCUGCAGGGUUACGAUGAGAACAACACAUUGCUGCUUCCUCCCAGGAUCCCUGGAGAAGCUCUUCCUGCAGAACUGCUGGACUAUUACAAGGACCACUGCUCUGUGCUGAAAGACGAUGAGCUGAAGGCAGGCGUGGAUAAAGAUGAAACUAAGGAAAAUGACACGCAGGAAGGAAUAAAGGAGUCAAAACGAAAUGAUUCCCAUCCAGAAAUUAGCACUCUGAGUGUGAGACCAGCAGAAGUAUUUGUUUCAGAGUUGACCAGAGAGGGAAGCAGUGGCAGACUGGGACAGUUGGAGAUGACUCCCGUCUCCAGAGCAGUCGCCCGACAUAUGGGUGUCGACCUGUCACCUGAGAGUCUGGCUGCACGCAACCGCAGAGGCAUCACUCUUAUUGUACAUGGAGCCCCGCUGACUGAUAAGAGCGGCACAGCAGCUGCUCUGGCGCGUCACUACGGAGCUGCAUGCCUCAGUGUUGAUGCUGUGGUUACAGAUGUGCUUCUGAAAGGCACAUCACCUGUUAGCCUGAGAGCAAGACAGCUGUAUGACCAGGCUGCUGCACAGCACGCUCACAAGAAGGCUGAGGAGGCUGCUCAGGCUGCUGAAGAAGCCAAUGAACCAGAACCAGCAGCAGCUCCUGAAGCCUCAGAUUCCGUUGAUACUGUGGAAGGUUUUGCAAAACACACUGAGGACAGCUCGAGUAAAAAUGAUUCCAAGACUCAUCUGGACACUGAAAACCCACAUGUUGCCCUUUGCCUGGGAGAUGAUGUGACUGUACUCAGCAGUCUCUUGCCUGAACAGCUUCUGGUUGAUAUUGUGGCAGAAAGAUUUCAGUUAAACGACUGUCAGCGUGGAAUAGUGAUUGCUGGCCUGCAGUCUGUGUACACUCAGUCUGCAGUGAACGCACUGCAAGUUGUUCUCAAGGCCCUCAACAACCGCAAACACAUCUAUGCCGUCAACUUAUCCGACUCCUACGCCGCCCUGAAGGCACGAGAAAGAGCUCAGAGAGAGGCUGAAUAUGCUCUGCAGAAAGAGCGAGCAGCCAGGGAGCAGCAGUGGAUACAGGAGCUGGAUGAGGAACAGUAUGAUGCUCUGUCAGAGGAGGAGAAGAGGAGCAUCACUCAGCGACACCUGGACGCACUCAAACAGCAGAAACUCAGGGAGCAGAUGGAGAAAGAGCUGGAAGAAAAGAGGCAACAAGAGGAGAUAGAGAGGCUCAGAGAAGAAGACUUGAAGAAGAAGAAAAAGGCAGGAAAGAAGGACCAUAAAGAAGUAGUGAAGAAGAAGAGGUUGCUGGAGAGAAACCACUCAUCAGGAACCCCGAAUGGACAGAAGAUGUCUCUCGGUAACAACUCGAAAGAGUCGCUAGUGGAUGCAAAAGAGCAUUCUAAUUCAAAUGAAGUGCAUCCUGGGAAACAGGCUGAUGAUUCACAAAAGCAGACAGAAGAAACCAAAACAUCGAAUGCAGAAUCUCCUCAACCUACAGGCAAAGUGGAAAAAGAAAAGAGUACAGAUGCUGCAGAGAUAAAGAGGCAAACGGAAGACAAGGAGCUGAAGAAAAGCAAAGAAGUGAUGGAGAAAGAUACUAAAGAAGUCCCAGAGAAGAGAAGCCUGUCUGGUCAAAAGGAGUCAACAGUUUCACCGGAUGAUCGUCGGAUGUCUAAAGACUCAUCAGUGGACACAAAAGAGCAUCAGAAUUUAAAUGAAGGUGCCAGUAAAUCACAUCAAAUUAAAGAAGCUGAUCAGUUGCAUGAGAAGGCAGAAAAAGCGAAGAAAUUACAGACAGAAAGUCCUCAAGCUGCAGACAAGCCGGAGGGAGAAACGUCGGCUGUGGAUAAGCUGCAGUCUCAGUUCAGUCAGUAUGAGCAGAGCCAGGCCCAGGUGGAGCACAUCCUGCGUCACUGGGACCGGACCCGGGGCUUGUUGUCGGUUCCGAUGCCAGCUGAAGAAGCCACAGCCGGCUUAGAUGAUGUCCUGAUAGAGAAACCGUCGCCCACUGGAAAAAGGAGCAGGAAAAUCAAUAGCAAAGUCGCUCUGUCUCCACUGCCGUGUCAGAUAGCAGCAGCAGUCGACACAGCAGGAGAGAAUCUGUCUCCGCCCAAAGCCAUCCCUCACAUUGUGCUAAAUGCCACAGAAAAAGUCUGUGUGAGUGUCGCAGAGCUGCUAAAAGGAAGCACUUUGCCUCCAUCAAAUGAGGUGUUGGAUGAUCUGGGGUUGGGACCCAGCGGCCCACCAAUCCCUCCUCCCACCACCUUCUCCAUUGUUACUUUCCCCAAACACAGAGAACAAGCUACCGUUCAACAAACCUGCUUUACCUUCCUGGUUCCUUCAGGGCCGGACGAACAGGGUGAGGAGAAGGAAGCGUCAGAGGAUACGCCAGCAUCAGUCAUGAAGUAUGAUGAAACAGCAACCUCUAGAAGUCGCAACAAGGGCAGCAUAAAGGAGAGUGCACUGCCAAAGGACAAAGACAAAAAGGGGAGAGAGAGUCAGCGAAGCAAGAGACGGACUUCCGCCAAGACAAAAGCAAAGGGCUCGGACUUGCCUCGUUCUCCUUCACGUGCCACCUCCACCUCCGACCAGGACCAACACCAGGGAGACUUAGAGCUGAAGCGCAGUCAGAGCCUGACAACAUUUCGCUGGGUUGUGCCUGCCGGCGACGAGGUGGUGCUGAAGAUCUGGUUCUACUCAGAGUCACCUGGGAAGUUCGAACAGACCUUCAGCUUUGAGCUACUGGGGACACAGAGACGCUACCAGCUCACCUGCAGAGGAGUUUGCACCUAUCCUUCCAUCUGCAAGGACUACACGACACUUUUUGCCCUCACGAAGAAGGUGCCACACAUUAAAGAAGGGCUUCAGAAGACAUACGUAAUCAAACCUGGAUACUUUGAAUUCGGACCUUUACUCUGUAGCAAGACCAGAGACAGAUACAAAGAAAAUAGGUACCCAAAGAACACAGAGAAGCUGAUGAUUCAUAACAACUCCGGUCUGGAGGCAGAAGUUCAGUUCUGUUUCCAGCAUGACACUCAGGCCACCACAUUUCUGCUGGACCCCCCAAACAUGACCCUGAAGCCUGAUCAGAAACGGGAGUUGACAGUGUGGGCCUACCCGACCAAAGUGGGACAAGUGAAGGACAGCGUAGUUUGUCAAAUCAAGGACAAUCCGGAGCUUGUGGUCAUCGAUCUCUCCUGCUGGGGCGUCCUACCAGAGCUGGAGCUGGAAAAGAAGCAUUUGCACUUUGACCGGAUUUUGCUCUACAGGACCGACAGACGUAGUGUGACGAUGCAUAAUAAGACGGCUCUGCCAGUAUCCUGGAGGCUGCAGGGUGUGGAGGAGUUAGGAGACGAGUUCACUGUGCCACAGGAUCACGGCAUCAUCACACCCAACUCCUCUUUUCCUUUGAGCUUGCAGUUCAGAUCCAGGAAGCCACUGCAUGUGAAGAAGAUCUUACGUCUGGAGGUGUCCGACGAGGAGAAGAUUGUUGGAGUUGUUCACACCGAAAACAUACAAGUCACUGCCGAGGCUUAUGAUGUAGCUCUGGAAAUCUCACCAACAGAUGGACAUCUAGACUUUGGAACCAUCAGAGUCUUUGAAGCGGUCAAACUGUCUCUCAAACUAAAAAACCUCGGAAAAUAUGAAAUAGCCUACAGGUUUGCUUUGGAGCAGAUAGACCCAGCUCAGCCAAAGCUAGACUCGAUUUUCACAAUUUCUCCCCAGAGUGGAACUAUUGGCCACAACGAGAAGCCCACCAUGGUGCACGUCCUCUGCAGACCCAAUAAGGAACUGUCCAUCAGAGAGCAAGCGAUCCUGCCCUGCCAGGUGAUUGAACCCAAAAUUGGGAAAGGAGGAGAAACCAUAGUCACCCUGAACAUUAAGGUUUCCAUCCAGGCUGUUUUCUCCAGAUACACCAUCAGUCCUGCAUGUGACAUCAGCUUUGGUCCUCUGGCUUUCGGCACCCAGAAACGUCAGAGCUUCACCAUCGAAAACACUGGAUUCUUUGAGGCCCACUACACCCUCCGCAGCUUGAUAGCAGACCCUUCACUCGUUAUGAGGCCCGGGGGUCCCAGUAAGAUGACAAAUCCAGAGAGCGUUUCAGGGAGGCCCGAUAGUGCCGGUGCCAGAGUGAGACGACGGUCCGCCCAGAGAGACCCGGGUUUUCUUCAGAAUCGCCUCAUCAUGGGGGUGUUCUCAGUGUUUCCCUGCACAGGAACCUUGCAGCCUGGAUCUCAGCAGCAGGUGACAGUGGACUGUAUAGCUGACCAGCUGGGCAGCUGGAACCAGGAUCUACUCAUUGACAUCAGUGGCCGAGACCCUUCAGACCACCCUGACGGCAUCCCCUACAGACUGCUGGCUGAAGUCUGCAAGCCAGGCAUAGUGUUAGAUGUGGCCUCCAUCUUUGAGGAGCACCAUCUAUGUCACAGCAGCAGCCAACUUUCCUCUGAGCAGUUUUGCAAUGCUGAAUGCAUUUAUGUCCUGGAGGAGAACAAGUUUAUUUUCAACAAAGUCCUGGUUGGACAAACCACUCAGGCCCGCCUCAAAUUCACCAACAACAGAAAGAUCCCCUGCAUGCUCAGCUUGGCCAUUAAAUAUGCUGGAGCUAAGACAUUUCGAAGCAUGGAGGUCUUUGAUUUGUCUGCUACAACACUGCACAUUCCCAACCAGUCCCAGGCUUUUGCUUAUGUCACCUUCACACCUCAGGCGAUGCAGCUCUACAGUGCUGUGUUUGAGGUCACAGUCGAGGGAACCAGCGUUCGUCCCGAUGCAUCCAGAAUGACGCCCACAGCCAAAGGCAAGGUGCUGGAGUUCCAAGUGAUGGGAGAGGGAACUCUCCCCAGUGUGUGUGUGAUUCGUCCAGCUUUGAGGAGCUGCCAUGGAAACCCAAUGCUGCAGUUCAGACGGGUAUUGGUAGGACGCAGACACACUCUGCCCCUGGUGCUGCUAAAUGAUGGAAAUAUUCCAGCUCAGGUCCAGAUUGAGAUGUUGGAUAAACAUGAAGUGUUCACCCUCAAAGCUGCUCCUGGCAACACUUGCAGCUCCACACAGAUCGACAGCAUCACUGUCUCAGAAGAAUCUUCUCCUUCCCAGUUGAUGCACAGAGCCGUUCUGAAGUUGAAUGUUAAUGAAUCGAUGGGGUUUGAGGUUUGCUUUUGCUCUGACAAACCCCUGAGUGUCAAGGCACAGAUGUCCCUGCAGGUGAAGGACAACCAGUACAGCGAUACCACAAUACAAGUGACAGGAGAGGCUUACCAGGAGCUGGUCGCUAUUGAUAACAUCAAACGGUCAUCGGAGGAAAUGGGUCAGGAGGAGGAUGAGGAAGAAAAUUAUGAGGUGCUAAAUUUUGGUGACUGCAAUGUAGACUGGCCAUACCAAGAGAGUUUCACCUUGAUCAACCACAGCAGCAGCCAGGUGGCGAGGUUUGAGUGGCCUCCUCCUGGACCCUAUAUCGUCUUUUCACCUCAGGUCGGACACCUUCACGCUGGUUGCUCAAAGGAAGUGACCGUCACCUUUAGGUCCAGUCAGCCGCUGACUCUGUCCAGAGAAUCAGCGAGAUGUAAGAUUUGUCAGGUGGAGUUCCAGCAGCCGCUUGAGCAGGUGGCCGACUGGGACGACAGGAAGAGGACGGUGCAGUGGCUGAGCUCUUCAAAGCAGACUUUAGAUGGAUCUCAGCAGCCUGCGAAGAAUAAGGUGAUGAAGACAGAUCCUGAGCCCAGCUGCUCUGUGGUCGACGGCUCUCAGCGGGAGUUGGAUUUGCGCAUCAGUGCAGUUUGUGACUAUGUGAAGUUCAGCUGCAACACCGACAGCAUCCACUUCAAAGACACCAUGCUUUACCAGACCAGGCUCCACCAACUGCAGAUAGUUAAUGAAGGGAAUGUUCAAGUGGAUUUUUCCUGGCAAGUCUUCAUUGAUCCAGACAGCAGCAUUGUCAACCGCGACCAAGGAGGUGGAACCUCCACCCCUCGACCUGGCAGCAGGUCUGCAGGAUCGCGGACUGGAUCCCGACCUCCCAGUGCUCUGGCCAGCGUGAUGUCUGUUCUGACGGGGAACCUCGAGGUUCCUCCUCUCAGUGUUGAGCCCAACAUCGGGACCAUAGAACCUGGAGCCACUCAGGACUUCAGUGUUUGCUUUUCACCGCUGGAGGUGGCCCAGUUUCAGGGCAAGCUGUUAUGCAGCAUCCACAACCUGAAGGAUGGGGUUGAGGCUCCCUCUAUUUCGGUUUGUGGUCGCAGCUUGUUGCCCCAUUGCCACUUUGACCUGGAGGACUCCGACUACAUCAGCGGGAACCGCCGCAACCCUGAGUUCAGGAGCUGUCUGGACCCCAACACCAGGGUUUUAGAGUUAAAUGCUAUCGGCGUAUCUGCACCAACAACAAGAUGUUUCAGUGUGGUGAACCCAACCAGUAAGUCCUACUCAUUCCAAUGGAGGUGUGAGGACACAGCUGGCAGUCCGUUUGACUGUCUUACACCAUGUGGAACCAUCCAGUCAGGGAAGAAAGUGGAAAUGUGUUUUGAAUAUGUUACUGAGCAGCUGGAUGUGGUGGAGUCGUUCUGGAGCUUCGUGAUUGAGUCUCUAUCUGUGUCGGUUCCCUUCCUGUGUGUGGGAACCACCAGAGAACCACUCGUUUAUCUCGACAGACCUCACCUUGACUUUGGAGAACUGCACGUUGGUCAUAAAGCGGAACAGACAGUCGAUGUGGUGAAUGGAGAGGAGGAACCCUUCAACUUUACAGUCCUACAAUCAUCUCUUCUCUGUGAAGACCAGCAAUCGAACCUCAGUGUGCAGCCUAUGACUGGCACAGUGGCAUCAAAGGACAGGUUGCCGUUGUCAGUGUCCUUCACACCUUCCUUGGAGGGAAAUGUGAGCUUCAGACUUGUAGUGAGGGUGAAGAGGAAGCCAGAGCUGCUCGCGCUGACGGUUAAGGCCGACUGUUUCACCAUGAGUGCUUCUGUUCAAGUUCAGGAUCCAGAUGGAGAGCUCAGAGAGAUCAACCCCAACCACCAAGAUGCUCUAGACUUCGGAAAGGUGGGGAUUUCAGAACAACUAGCCUUUAAUUUCCUGGUGUCCAAUCAGGCCAGAUUCACCAUGGAGGUAAACUUUGACCUGACGGGUCCCACUGAGCUGCUGCAACACUUAGAAGCAAAACCACAAAAUGCUACUAUUGAGGUUGGAAAGCAGCUGCAGUCAGCGCUGUUCUUUUGUCCACUGAAAAUCUGCAACCUGCACGACGUCAGACUGAACAUCAAGGUGAAGUUUGGGCCAACAUUUACCUUUGCCAUCAAAGGCAGGGCUGUAGCUCCCAGCCUUGAAUUCUCCUUCACCAAGUUCAACUUUGGCAAGUGCUUCUUGUACCGUCCUGGCAUGGUGCCGCCAUCCAGGACUCUGGUGAUAAGCAACAAAGGCAAAAGGGAUAUUAGCAUCCAGUGUCAGUUCAAGAACACUGCUGUCUUUGAGAUGGACUUCCAGCCAGACAUUUUGUCCCCCGGUGCAGCGAUGGAGGUACCAGUCACCUUCUGUCCCCGUGAGGCGCGUCGAUACCAUGAAAAACUCACCUUCAUCUUAAGCAGCUCUAUCACUAAACAGGUGGACAUAUCGGGGCAAGGCGUCGAGAUGAAGCUGGAAUUGGAGGAUCCAAGGCACAAGAAGGUGAAACUGGGAUCCCUGACUUUGGGUCAGAAAGUGAAAAAACAAGUUGUUCUAGUCAACCGCAGCAGUUUAGACCUUUCUUUCACCCUGACGCUAAACACGAACACACCACUGGAUCUAAAGGAUCUAUGUGUCACGCCAGCAGGAGAGCUGAAGUUAAAAUCUAACGGCGGUUCGUGUAACACUGAGAUCCAGUUCUCACCUCGUCAGCACGUUGUUCCUUUCACUGCCGAGCUGCAGGCAGAGUUUGCAGGCUUGGUGCUCCCCCUGCUGACCAUUGAAGGCUGCUGCCAGGAUGUGGAGGUUCUGCUGGAUCCGGACCACCUGUCCUUUGGAGCUGUAGUCCAACGCUGUCAGACCAGAAAGAAGAUUUUCAUCAUGAACACUGGAGACUUUGGUGCCAGGUUCCAGUGGAAAACAGAGAGCUUCCCUGCAGAGUUGUCCAUUAAACCAGCUAAAGGAUACAUCAGUCCGGGCACAGAUGUUCCCUUUGACGUGACUUUUGCCCCUGUGGAGCUCAGUAAUGACAUCAGAUAUGAGAACCUGUCUUGCCUCGUGGAAGGAUCUUCCUCACCCGUUAAGCUCACCGUCACAGGCUCCUGCAUCGCCGCCUCCACUAACAAAGAGGUACUGAAUUUUGUUUGCCCGGUGCGCAGCUCUCAGACCCAGACACUGUCAGUGGUCAACCCCACAAACCAGCGCUGCAGCAUCAGACCUCUUAUUGAAGGUGAACAGUGGAGGGCUUCACCUUUUGUGACCUUCGAACCGCAUCAAAACAAGGCAUUCGAGAUCACCUACCAACCGCUGACCAUGACCGCUGAUGAAAAGAAACACCUGGGUUCAGUCUUUCUGUCCUUCCCUGAUGGGACCGGCAUGCUGUACACCCUGCAGGGAACCGCUGAUCCUCCCAAGGCUGAAGACACCUUAAUGCACGAGCUGCCUGCUAAAACUCACCACACAGAGCUGCUCCCUGUUCACAACUGGCUCUCCAGGCAACAGCGCUUCUGUGUGCUGCUGGAGACAGUGAAGCCUGACAAACCUGAUCCUACCGUCUCCCUCACGGGUCUGAAGUACAUCGAUGUUCCUGCUCUGUCCAGCAGAGACUAUGAGAUGUCUUUCUUUAUGUACAGAGAGGGGCAGUACAGCACCAAGGUGACCUUCUGUAACAAGGUGACAGGUGAGUACUUGUUCUACCUGGUCACCUUCAAAGCCACGUCCCCAGGAGUCCUGUCCACCAUCGAGCUGACGACUACUGUUCGACGAGCCGUCUCAGCCACAGUGGAGGUGGAGAACCCUCUGACCAAACCUGCCAGCUUCACCACCGAGUGUAAAAGCCUCGACAUCAGUGUUCCAUCUCAGCACACCGUGUCAGGACAGUCCAAGGGUGUUUUGAGCUUUGACUACCAGCCUCUGCAGACAGGCGAGUCAACAGCUCGACUGACGCUGUCUAGCAGUGAUCUGGGCUUCUUCCACUACGAUCUGCUUCUCAGAGCUCUGCCUCCACCAGCAGAAAAAGCAGUACACUUCACCACUUCACUGGGCAGCAGCGACACCGUCCCGGUCAAGUUCAUCAACUGCUCCCGCUUCAAAACCGAUUAUGCUUGUACAACAGAUUGCUCAGAGUUCAGCGUGGACAAGAGCGUCCGAGCAUCUCCAGGCUUUGGGGAGGGAUCAGAGGCCUGCGUGGAAGUUUGUUUCGAGCCUCAUCAGCUGGGGGAAGUGAGAGGCCAGCUCAGCCUGUCCUCAGCAAUCGGUGGCGAAUACAUCUUCCCUUUACGUGGGAUCUGCCUGCCCCCCAAAGCUCAGGGUCCGUUCAGCAUCAAGGCCGGUCGCAGCAUCAGUAUCCCCUUCAAGAACGUGUUCCUGCAGGCCACUGCCUUGUCCUUUCAGGUUGACAACCCCUGCUUUACUGUCAAAGGAAGCGGCAACCUCCCAUCUAAAAAGACCCAAAACAUCGUGGUGUCCUUUGAGGUUCCUCCAGAAGGCCCUCCAGGUCCGUGGUUCGGCAGGUUGUCCAUCUCCAGCCAGCGCUCCGAGGGCCACCACAAACCCUGCUCAUGGAUCUAUUACCUGAAGGGUUACCGCCCCGAGUCAGGUUAAGGACAUGUAGAUGGCAAAAUGAAUCCACAUCGGCAUCCAUUUGUGCUUUUAUUGUUCUUAUUUCUAUUUAUCUGAUGCGUAAGUUGUUGAUAUUAACGUUAAUGCCAAAAAAUACAAGCCAGAAUUGCCUCGUGCGUAUUUAUGUGGUUUAAAUAAUUAGCUCUCACAACUGUGUUCGUAAAUAUUUAAUAUUUAACUGAAUAAACGCUGCAGAAAAACCCCAACCUGGCAAGUCCUGCCAUUG